AUGGCUAUGGACACUGUUGUCCUGACCGAGCGGGAGGUGGAGCGUUUGCAGCUCGGUGGUCCGGAGACACUCGAUCUCAUCAACCAGGCGCAGGAGAGCGACGCAGUCGACCGGCUUUUGACAAUCCGUGACGCUCUGAGCAAGUACAAAAAAGCGGUCUUCUGGGCCAUGUUUCUGUCUACCAGUUUGAUCAUGGAGGGAUACGAUCUGGUCAUUAUCACUUCCUUCUAUGGCCAAGCCCAAUUCCAGAAUCGAUUUGGCGUCUAUGAUCCAACCACUAAGCAGAACAUCAUCACGGCCGCAUGGCAAUCAGGCCUGUCAAAUUCCUCUGUCGUCGGGCAGCUUGCAGGCCUCCUCAUCAAUACCUAUGCGCAAGAUCGCUUCGGCUGUCGUCCGACUAUGAUGUUCUUUAUGACAUGGAUGACUGUCAUGAUCUUCAUCCCAGUGUUUGCGCCGAGCCUACCGAUCCUAGCGUGGGGUGAAGCCAUGUGUGGUAUCUCUUGGGGCGUGUUCCAGACUCUCUCCACCAGCUACGCUUGCGAGGUUGUUCCUACCGUUCUCAGACCCUACGUCACGGCUUACGUCUGUAUGUGCUGGGGGGCUGGUAUUCUCCUUUCUUCCGGGGUUGUCCGAGCUGUGGCCAGUGUUAGUGGAGAUCUUGGCUGGCGACUUCCUUUUGCGAUUCAAUGGGUAUGGCCUAUUCCGCUCCUGAUCGGUGCUUACAUCGCUCCCGAAUCGCCGUGGAACGCAGUCCGACGCGGAAAAAUCGACAUGGCGAGGAAAUCCCUCAUGCGGCUUCGUCAGCAUACCCCGAGCCGCAAACGUGAUGUGGACGCUACAUUAGCAUAUAUCCGAUACACUACGGAGCUGGAGAAGGCAGAGACCGAGGGGGCUUCGAUCUGGGAUUGCUUCAAGGGAACGAACCUACGCCGGACUGAAAUUAACUGUGUCGUUUGGGCCGCCCAGAUUCUCUGCGGUAACGCCAUUCUGGGAUACUCCGUUGUGUUCCUCGAAGCUGCCGGCUUCUCCAGCAUCCAGGCCUUCGACGUGAACAUCGCUCUCUCAGCCUGCUACAUUAUUGGCGGAAUCAUCUGCUGGCUCCUUUUCCCGCACUUUGGCCGCUCCACCAUUUACAUGAUUGGCAUGACCUUCAUGUUCUUCUGUCUUUUGGCCAUUGGUGGCCUCGGCUGGGCGAGCGGCACUCAAUACCAGCUCGCCAUCGGCAUUCUGCUCGUCAUCUCUACCCUCGUCAACAUGAUUACUAUCGGCCCUGUCUGUUAUCCCAUUGUCGCUGAGACACCCUCUGGACGCCUGCGUUACAAGACUAUUACUAUCGGCAGAUUUGUCUACAAUCUUACUGGUAUUUUCCAGAACUCUGUUACUCCUCACAUGAUUUCGGCUAACUCUUGGAACUGGGGCGCCAAAACCGCGCUCUUCUAUGCUGGAACCAACCUUCUUUGCAAUCUGUGGUGUUGGUUCCGCCUGCCAGAGACCAAGGACCGCACCUUCGGUGAAAUCGAUUUGCUCUUUGCUAAUCAUGUGCCCGCACGCAAGUUCAAGACUACCAAGGUUGAACAAUUCUCCCAGCAGAAUUAUAUUCCCAAGGAGGCGGAGGCGGGUGUCCAGUCGACUACCCAUGUCGAGGAUGCAUAA